GGGCUUGGCUCAGGUGUCCACUCUGGGGCGGGGCUCUCCUCGAGAGAACUCUGGGCGGAGAGUUCCUCCUCCUCGUUCCUGUCCUAGGUGUCCCCUCCCGAGGCAGGGGGCGGGUGAAGUUUGGGAGUAGAGUAAUUGGGAGAUUCCCGGGCUUUGAGAGUGGGUGAGGGGGCUGGACCAGGCGUGGCUGGGCGUGAAGGGACAGGACAAAGCCAGGCAGGACAGGACAGGAGCCCAGAGGAGAUGAGAGGAAGUCCGGGACUGAGAUUAGGGAAACCCGAGGUUUGGUGGUAACAGAAAACAAAACGACCAAAAUAAAACUAACCAGACUAAAAAGACCUGAGGACGGGGCGGCCCGGGACAAAAGAACCAGAGAAAGGGUCUGGGCCGUUCCGGUGUUAAGACCUGAGAAUGUUUUCCCGGAAUCACCGGAGUCGGGUCACUGUUGCCCGGGGUUCUGCCCUGGAGAUGGAGUUCAAACGCGGCCGCUUUCGCCUCAGCCUCUUCUGCGACACCCCAGAGGAUACAGAGCUGCAGAGGAAGCUGGACCAUGAGAUCCGGAUGAGGGAAGGAGCCUGCAAGCUGCUGGCUGCUUGCUCCCAAAGGGAACAAGCCUUAGAGGCCACCAAGAGCUUGCUGGUCUGCAGCAGUCGAAUCCUCAGCUACAUGGGGGAACUGCAGCGUCGAAAGGAAGCGCAGGUGCUGGGGAGGACAGCAAGGCGGCCUUCAGAGACUGGGCCCCCAGAUGAACGCUCUGCGUGUCGUGGCACAGUUUGUAUCUCUGACAUCCGAAUCCCCCUCAUGUGGAAGGACACAGAGUAUUUCAAGAACAAGGGAGACCUACACCGAUGGGCUGUGUUCCUGUUGCUGCAGCUGGGGGGGAACAUCCAGGACACAGAGAUGGUCCUGGUAGACAGGACAUUAACAGACAUCUCGUUUCAGAGCAGUCUUCUUUUUAUGGAGGCAGGACCAGACUUUGAGCUGAGGCUGGAGUUGUACGGGGCCUGCGUGGAGGAGGAGGGAGCUCUGGCUGGGGCCCCCCGGAGACUGGCCAGCAAGCUCAGCAACUCUCUGGGAAGGUCCUCUGGAAGGCGAGUUCGGGCUUCACUGGAGAGCGCCGGGGGCUCUGGGAGUAGCAGUGCAGGGAAUCCCAUCCUGCUCCCCACCCCAGCUGUGGGAGGACCCCGAUAUCACCUCCUGGCCCAGACCACCCUGACUCUGGCGGCAGUACAGGAUGGCUUCCGAACUCAUGACCUCACCCUCACUAGUAACGAGGAGAACCCAGCCUGGCUGCCUCUCUAUGGCAGUGUGUGUUGUCGCCUGGCAGCUCAGCCCCUCUGCAUGACUCAGCCCGUCAUGAGUGGCACCCUCAGGGUGCAGCAUCAGGUCGGGGGCCAGCAGAGCUGGGGCCAGGUACAUGGCAUCCUGAAAGGAACCAACCUUUUCUGUUACCGCCAUCCUGGGGAAGCCAACACUCAAGAAGAUCCAUUGUUCACCAUUGCAAUCAACAAGGAGACUCGGGUCCGGGCUGGGGAGAAGGACCAGAGCCUGGGGGGACCUCUCACCCUCAGCAUCAGUAACCGGUAUGGGGGAGAUGAAGUGACUCACACAUUGCAAAUGGAGAGCCGGGGGGCCCUGCAACGCUGGAUGGAGGCUUUAUGGCAGCUCUUCUUUGACAUGAGCCAAUGGAAACAGUGCUGCGAUGAGCUCAUGAAGAUUGAAGUCCCUUCUCCACGAAAGCCACCUCCUGCACUGGCCAAGCAAGGCUCCCUCUACCAUGAGAUGGCUAUUGACCCUUUAGAUGACAUCGCGGCAGUGACGGACAUCCUGGCGAAGCAGGAGGGCCCCCCUCUGGAUGUUCCCCCACCCUGGCUGGCCUUAUUUACAGAGAAGCUACCCUCCUCGAAGCAUCCAAUCCAUGCACCCCGAAGCCCCUCUCCACCCCGUGCCUGCCCAGGCUCUCGAGCCACUCCCUGGGGCCGGCCCCGUACCCUCUCCCUGGACGCUGCUCCCCGAGGCCGCCCCCCACUUCCUCCCCGAUCCAGCUCUAGUUCCAGCUCAGGCUCUGGAAGCCCUGCCCCCCGACAGCGGUCUCCUCCAGCCCGGGGUUUCCGGGCAAAAGCUCGGCCCUGGCUCCAGUCACCUGUGUGAGGGGUUGAAGAAGGGGGUGCUACUGGAAACAAGGUAAUGCUAGAAGAGGAAUUGCUUUCUGAUGUCCCUCAAAGGAGUGGUGUCAGGGGACAGUCAGUGGUGCCACAGAUGAGGGUUCUUGGGAUGGCCAACUUGAUGCCUGGCUCUGCUGUGGUUUGAGUGAGAAUGUAAACCCCUUCCCAACUGUGGUGCCACCACAAGGGGACCUUGUCCACAGCUGGCUGGUGGACUCGGGCCAACUCCUGAGAGAAAACUGGAACACCCCCCAGCCCAACUGCACUACCCUAUCUUGGGCAAGAGUGAGGUGGGCAGCCCCUGAGGCUCUGGAGGGAGGGAGGGAGCUGUAAUGCCAGAAAGGGUGCCUGCCCCUACACUCAAUCAUUAAAGUCUAUUUAAUAUCAUGAA